AACAGUAACAUGAUAUAAUUGCAGCUAGCUGUUAGACGUGCUUGAUCAAGGUUUGACGACCAAGCGCUGGAGUAGUGAUGGUGUAUGUGGACUUGAACGUGCGCGCGACGGCGAGGGUGUCGGCUGGCGAGCUGCAGCGAUUGGGCUACGCGACGGUCUGUGUCAAUGUGGAUUGCGAAGGAAACGAGAAGCCCAAGCCAGUGACAGCGCUACCAGAUCUGCCGCAAACGGCACAAAAGGACAAGAGCAGUAAGGUUACAAAGAAGGCGAAGCUCUAUACGGCAGCGCUGAGCAACGGGCUACACCUGAAGGAUGCGACCUCGACUGACAAAACGCAGUCCAGACAACGCAAGCGCAUCACACUGAAGCUGGAGGAAGUGGCGGACGCGCAGAAGCUGACUGCAUCGGAUGUAGUGAAGGGAUACGACAUCGUGGCAGCCGAAGCGGCGACACCCAAGGUGUUCCAGUUCCUGUGCGAGCAGGCCGACAUUGACCUGAUCACGUUCGACGUCACGAACCGAUUGCCAUUCCAGAUCAAGCGGCCAUUGAUUGCUGCCGCCAUGAAGCGUGACAUCUACUUUGAGAUCACAUACACACCGUGCCUCGGUGAUACCGCUGGACGACGAUACUUUUUCUCCAACGCCAGCAACCUCGUCCGCCUCACAGGUGGCAAGAACCUGGUGUUCGCCAGUGGUGCUACUCGCGACAUUCUGUUGCGUUCACCCUACGACGUCAUUAACAUCGGGCUCUUGUCCGGACUAAAAUAUGGUCAAGCUCUAGAUGCAAUUUCCACAUCGUGUCUGGCGGUGCUGGAGCACGCAGACAAGCGCAGAGGGAUCAUAGGAGGCGUGCAGGUGGAAGCCACCGAGGAUGUAGCCAUGGAAUAAACUUAUCCUGUUGGCUUAGCGUCUA